CUGAGUAUAUUAUUAUCUAUAGGACAGCACAGAUACAUUUAAAAUCGAUUGAUACCAUUAUACGAAGUUUGACCCAGCGCAUUGCGUUUGGUCGAUUGCUUCUUUUAAAUACCCGGUAUAAUCUUUCGUGAUAUUAGUCAUUCAGCGUAACGUCCCGAGUCCGCGUUGUUUAUCUUGACAACCAGGUGACCGUUCGGCAGUACUCGGCUUUGUCCCUAAUUGACCCGUACAGUAAACUUUCAAAACAUUGUGUGCCACUAUUUCCUCUCUGCAUGUCACCCAUUCAUCGGGUGGCAGAGACUGUCAAGCAUGGAGGGUUUUCUGUCACUCUGUGUCUACAUCUGUAUCCUGGCGUGCAUUGGCUGCCUGGUCGACCGCGUAUUGGCCGUUUCGGAGAAAUACAACCUUUUCGCGAAAGGGCAAUGAAGGAGGACUGACCAGAUCUAGACCAGCCAGAUCUGACGAUAUGGGUCCAUGCAUAUUGCCAGGAGCGGUGCACUGGAUUGUGAGAUGUUUCCGGGUUCAACAAACGAUAUCAGCAGACGACACCCACCUUCUUUUCCGAGAACCGGGUGUGCUGACGGGUUUCCGACCGGAAAACAAGUCAUGGACCCACUACCUGUUCAGUGUGUGCCAAGUUCACAACGAAUCCGUCAAUAUUUGGUCGCAUUUGGUCGGGUUCGGUUUGAUUUUUUGCACUCUAUAUCGGUAUUUGACCAUCCACAUUAGUGCCGACAGUUCACAUUGGUUUGUGAUAUUCGCAUUCGGAAUCUGCUGUCUCAUCUACACUGCAAUCAGCACGUUCGCUCAUACGUUUCACUCCAAGUCAGCGUUCAUGCACUACACAUGUUUCCAGUUCGAUUAUUUGGGCAUUGGAUAUUUCAGCCUCGGUUUCGCGAUUGUCACGUUCUACUGCAGUUGUCACCACCAUUACUUCCCCAUGCUGGAGUACUAUUUCCUGCCCAUCAACGUCCUGCUCAGCUGGAUCGGUUUCAUGUGUUCAAGUGUUGCAAAACUGCGGUACUGUCGGCCAUACCCGUUUCAGCGUAAGCUGUGGAACAUCUGUUCCUUCGGCUCCCAAGCUGCGAGUGUGUUCGGUCUUGUGAUAGUGCGGUACUGGGAUUGUUGGUUGAACGAUGCCUGCACCAUGUCUUCCUUAAAUCACCACACACGUGUCUUCAUGGUAUCCACAAUAUCUGUUUUCUUUUUCUCUAGUCAUUUACCAGAACGAGUCUUUCCGGGAAAGUUUGAUAUUGUCGGCCAGGGUCAUCAAGUGUUCCAUGUUCUGUGCGUAGUGGGGACACUGUUGGAGUUUUGGGCUGCUUACACCGACCUCGAGACGUACAGUAGCAAGCUUAAAGUCGAGCCUGACACGUCCGGCAUUGUCACAGCCAUGGUAACCUAUGGGGUCUUGUCUCUCAUCACACUGGUCAUCCUCAGUCCUUUCACCAAACGCAGAAUACAGCAGGACAUGAAUGUUUCGAGCAAAUGCCAAUAAAGAUAAAUGGCCUUAUUUUUUUUAGUUCAAGCAAUGUUUUUAAAUAUACAUACGUUGAGUGGGGUUUGAAUUGAACAUUUGAGUUUUAUUACUGUCACCCUGGUAAAAUACUAGCCGCUUCCUACCGACUCGGCUACUGAGAAUUUCUCUUCGCUAGUUUACUAGAGGUCCCAGGUUCGACUCCUAGCGGAGGCAUUAAAAUAUUUGAUGACAUUUGUUAAAAUGUCGCCCACAUAAGGACCUCUGGUUAACUAGUCUUACUCUCUACCCAAUAUGCUAAACAGGAAUUCUUUCUACACGAGUCGGUAAGAAGCGGCUAGUAUUUACCAGGGUGACAUUACAUACACUGUUUGAUUGUUAUAGCCAACUUUGUUUGUUAUUAAAAAACAUCAUUUGCAGUUAAAUGUACCAUGUGUUUGUAAUAACAAAUGCGUAUAUACACACAACAUUUAUGUAAUUACACGCCACCUGUAUUUGUAUUUAAACUCACUUUGCGUUUGUAAUUAAACAUAUGAUUUGUUUGUUAUGAUAAAUACGUGGUGUUUGAUAGUACAUAUGCAAUGAGUUUGUAAUUCAUGUACUGGUUGUUUGUAAGAACACCUUCAAACAUAUGGUGAAUAAACACCUAAUGUAGUUGUAAUAAUACAUACUUUGUGUUCAUAAUUCCACAUAUUGUGUCUGUAAAUACACCUACUGUGUGUUCAUACUUCCACAUAUUGUGUUAAUACUUACACGUACUGU